AUGUCGAAAGAGGCCGCAAUCCGCACCGGCGAAUCUUCUCCUCUCCUCCUCUUCCGACAAGUUUCACCGGGACCCGGAGAUUCCACCAUGCAGUUUCGGCUUCUUCAUUUCUGGGAUGCUCGCAAGAAUGUCAAAGGAGGACCAGGGAUCAUUCUUGGGAUCGAGCUCCUUCUGAUCGACGCAGAGGGUACUGUGGCUCAGGGGUUCAUUGGUCAGAACCGUCGCAACCAAUACGAGAAAGAGCUUAAGCGUGGGAUGAUCUACACACUGACAAACUACUAUGCAUCGAACAACAAGGUGAUGUACCAUGUUGCUGACCAGAGGCUGGUAAUUUGCAUCUCACAUGCCUCUGAGCUGAGGAAGGUGGAAGAAGACAUUGAAGCCAUUUUGACAGAGCGCUUCAGAAUCCAUUCCUUUGCAGAUUUUGAAGCAAACUGCGAUCUCAGAGGAGAUCUUCACGAUGUUGUCGGCCACCUUAAGCUGGUUGAUGGGAAUCCUCUCCAUCAGCGUCCGGUUUUGUGCAUCAAGGAUGACUCAGCUUCUCGGAAAAUCUUGGUUCAUUUGCAACUUAAAGAUGGUCCAGUGAUUAACGUCUACCUAUGGGACGAGGCAGCGGAGAAUUUCCGCGUCAAGUUUGACGCAUGUGCAGACACUCCAACGGUUCUUUUGGUGACAACAGUCAAUCCUAAGAGACUCGGUGGGAAGUUAUGCUUAAGUUCAAUGUCUUCAUCAAGAGUGUUCUUCGAUGAAGAGGUUGACCCCACCAAAGAAUACUUGGCCUGGCUGGCCACGAACCCUUCUGUGACUUCUUUGGUGAACCCUGUUGAGGUGGUCAAAGCUGAGACUCUCACAAUAGGUGAGAUUGCCGCCUUCAUCAAGCGUCAGCCUGCUCAGAUUGCCUACUUUGACUGCAUUGCCACAAUUGAUGAUGUCAAGCUUGGCACUGAGUGGUAUUACAUUGCUUGCAAGGAUUGCCAGACCAAGUUAAACCGUGGGCCUACAACGUUGCUUUGCCCAAAAUGCGGGAAUGAAAAUGCUACUGCAAUAGCCAACUAUCGUGUGGAGCUGUCUGUCUAUGAUAAUGAUGAGCAGUGCACGUUCAUCAUCCUCGGAGAUGCUGGGAAAGAUCUCACAGGCAGGAAAGCAACAGAGUUGAUCGAUGCUUAUGUUCAGGAAAAUGGUGGAGAUGAGGCUGAGAUUGAAGUUCCACUGCCACAGUGUUUCAUUGAUGCAAUAGGCCAGACAAAGAAAUUCAGGAUCAAGGUGGCUCACUACAACUUCACUUCCAGCAGGCUGUCCUUAACCGCCACCAAGAUAGUCUCAGCAGCAGAGUUACCACCAAAGAACCCCCCACUCAAGACGCUGCCAGGAACUGAAGUGGAGAACACAGAGUUGGGUGAGAGUAGUGGUGGUGGCGCUUCAGCUAUUGAAGAGGAGAAGAAGGCAAAACGUACCAAGCGUAGUGGCUAG